AUGUAUCGUAUUGUAAAUCCACUUUUAAAGCACAUCAUCCACCGGAGUUCUCAUGAUGCUACUUCAAGGAAACAGUGUCUGCAAUAUUUAAGAGCCCUAAGAACUCUGCAGUUUAAUGGCUACAACACCAUCUUUUUAGGAGAAACUGACCUUUCAGAAAGUCUAAUAACAGGGGAAAAGGUUCCUCAUGAAGAUAGGCUCAGCUGGCCUAUAUGGACAAUUGUACAUGCCGGCAACAGCCAAGGAUGGGUACCAUGGAGAUACAGAGUGUUUCUACGGAAUGAUGUACCCUUAGGCCAGCAAGAAGAUGUCUUUCAGGAAUUCUGUGACUUUCUGUCAAUCUCCUAUGGGAAGUGUGCCAUUGUGGUCAGAGAGAAAGGACCAUCACAAGUACAGAUUCAAAAGUCCAGCCAGGAGGUGGACAAAACUGAAUCUCAGUCUACUCCUCUCCCUUAUUUAAGGACCAUUAAGUGCUGUCCUGAGAUUGCCAAGACCACAGGUCAUGAACUUCUUUCGGUGCCUUUUCCCUACAACUACCUUGACCCUAUGGAUGCUGCCUGGUCAUCUUUGAAAUGGUUUAUUAUCAAUAACAGAAAGGAGUUUUCUCUGACCUCCUUGGAGAGGACCUACUCAUACCAGUGCAUCCUCUUCAGUGACUUGAUUGGAAAAGGAAUUGAGAAGAUGAACCCAAUUAAGUGGAAGGUGGCAGUUAGCAAAGUGCGGAGAUGGGAAAACUACUACUUGGAUAAGUUCUCCUAA